CCCAAAAGGGGCAUAAUUGGUAUUUUUGAAUCUACUUCUUCCCUGAAUUGAGGGGAGAGUCAAUCAAAUGGUGAUACAGUCCCAAGUUUUGUGAGUCUGAGCCACGAGAGAGAGAGAGAGAGAGAGAGAGGGAGAGGGAGAUCUAAUGGCGGCGUUAACGAGCGCGUUGAUAGCAAUAGCCGGAGUAAUCUUGGGAUGGAUAACGAUAGAGAUGGCUUGUAAGCCUUGUUUGGAGAAAGGCCGUGAAGCUAUCGACAGAUCUCUCAACCCCGAUUACGAUCCCGACGACCAAGACGUCGACGAUUCCUCCGCCGAUCGCGUUCCUCUCCUCCAAAAUCGUCCUCCGGAUAUCUCCGAUCCCUCCGAUGCGGAUCCCUCCACCGCGAUCAAGUCCGUCUGACUUUUUUGUCUGUAUUUACCUGAAUUCCCAUCCUUGUGUAAACCUCUCUCGUCUCCAAUAAACGAUCUUGUGUUUGUGAUUCUUCUAAAAGUUUGUCAAUUUCAGUUGAUUUGUGCUCUUUCCAUUGAAUGCUUUGUGUUUUCUUUCUUCUUCUUAUAGCUCACAAAAAAAAACCUCACCAAAAUAUCCGUUGAGAAAAAACCAAUGAAGAUCUUUUUGCUGAGUCUAGGUUCUUGUUUGUGGGAAGAAUUGUGUCUCUGGAACCUGAAUUAAGUGUAAUCGACAAAGAGCCUUGGAACGAUACAAAUCAGCUCUCUCUAGCAGCAAUGGCGCUUUCUGCAGCUUUCAAGGAGAGACUAGAUCAAAUGGAAUUCACCAGAAACCAACGGCUCCAUCUUCUCCAGGCAGAGAAAGAGCUACAAGUGAACAAAUCGCAGAUUUUAGCGUCGAAGCACGCAACUAUACAGUCCAUAGAACGCAAAUGUUUGAUGCUCGAGCAAAAGAUCGCUGCACAAAACCUCAAGAUCACGAUUCUCAGAUCAAGCAUCGAAGAUCUCGACUCCAAAUACAACUGCUCUAUACAGCAGCUGAGGACACUGAAGAGCGAGAUCCAGGAGCUGAAAGAGUUAGAUGAAGAGAGGGAGAAGUAUUACAAGCUGAAAUGCUCGGAGAUGAAGGAGUUCAUCCAAAAUGUCGAGAGGUUCAGAUCAGAGAACCGGUUCCAAGUCGAGAACCUGAGAAAUCAAAUCAAGGAGGUUAAUGCCAAGAAGAAGAAGAAGACGAUGAAGAGUAGCUUUAAAUACAGUGAGCAUGAGACAUCUUACGAAGAUGGUGAGAAAGAACUUGCUCUUCUUAGAUCAAGCAAAACUACACCAGUUCUCACUUUCUCAGUGAAGAAAAACUCUUAACAGCUUUUUAACAAUAAUUUCUUUCUCUCAUGAAAAAAAUAUGUUGUUUCUUUCUUUUUAAAGAAAUCCAAACAGAAUUUGUAUGGUCAAAUCUAAUUUUAUUUAGAUCAUAAAACAUUAGUUUCUUUAAUCAUU